UUCCUUUUCUUCCUCUCUCUCUCUCUCUCUCUCUCUCUCCUUCCGCCGAUUAUUUGUUCUUCUGGGUCAAAACCCUUUUUUUCGAUCUAAGACUCAUCACAGGACCCCCUUCAUACACUGAAGAUCUGCUCAGAUUCUCCUUCUCGUCAUCGUCUAAUCAGGAACCAUGUCCAGAAUAUACACUCACCAUAGUGAAGGCGGAUCUUUACCUGGAGGUGGAGGAAAGAUGAUUAGCUAUAAGAGAGGCUAUGGUGCCAUUGAUCCUGUUGACAGCAGCAACUGUUAUGAUUUCAAUCAAUCUCAAUCAAGGAACUAUAAUAAUAAUAAUCAUAAUGAAAAUUGGAGAAAAUUGGGCAAUCAUGCUCAUGUUGAUAAUCAUCUCAACAGAGAUUCUUCUGCACCUUUCUUGAAGAGAAGGAAAUUUUCAGCUUCAUCAUGUGAAGGCAGUAGAAGAGACAAUCAUCCAAACACAUAUAAUCAUGUCCAAUCCAUGUCAAAUCAAUCUGUGGAAACUAGAUUUUGCCCAAAUGGUAUUUUGGCACGUGAAAGUAGUUCAAUUCUUCCGGCUCAUACAAUUUUUGAUGGAAAUGGCCGCUCUUAUGUAACAAAUAAACCAGACCUUCCAAAAUUGGAGGAUGUGGAUACUGGCAUGGUUUUUAUGUCAAGGGGUGAAAUUGAAAGAUGCUCUCCUUCAAGGAAAGAUGGUAUUGAUGCUGUGCAUGAAAUGCACUUGAGAUACUCAUACUCCAUUUUUUUGCAGAAUCUUGGCAUGCAACUUGAUUUGCCACAGACAACCAUUGGAACUGCAAUAAUUCUAUGCCACCGCUUUUUUCUUCGAAGAUCUCAUGCUUGUCAUGAUAGAUUUUUGAUUGCAACUGCUGCAAUUUUCUUGGUUUCGAAGUCUGAGGAUACUCCACGGCCUCUAAACAAUGUGUUGAGAUUGUCAUCUGAAAUUCUUCAUAAGCAGGACUUCGCAUACCUUUCGUACCGUUUUCCUAUUGACUGGUUUGAGAAGUACAAGGAACGGGUUUUUGAGGCGGAGCAUUUGAUAUUGACAACUCUGAAUUUUGAGUUACAUGUCAAUCAUCCUUAUGCCCCUCUUACAUCGAUUCUCAAUAAAUUUGGUCUUGGCCAAGUCCUGGAGAAUUUUGCCCUGAGUUUGAUAAGUGAAGGGGUAUAUACAAGAUAGCAUUGAUCGCCUAUGAUAUUCUUAGCUGGUGGAUUGAUUGCUGUUCAUGUUUACACCUGAUGUUGAAACGACUGAUGUGUUAUGGAUGCCUUUUCAAUGAAUUUGUCAUAUAGGCUUGCUAAUUGGCUAUAGAGGGUAGCCACACAUGCUCCAGAAACAGAUUUCCUUCUGAUAUUAACCUCUCCAUGAUCCUAUGAUAUUCAUGAGAGUUUUCAUACAAUUUUUCUGCACUUCUUCACAUGUCCAUAUCGGACCUCUGUGAAUAAGCAUGUAAAAGAAAAUAGUCAAUUGGUGACGAGGCAAUCAAAACACAAAAAAAAAAGAAAAAAAGAUGGGUGAACACAUUAUCUUUAACUCACCACAACAAAAAUAAUAUUUAUAGCUAGGCAACGGGGAGGAGUUUCUUAUAUUUGUUGAAUAAAACUUCCCUUCUCAAAAUUUGAAUUUCUAGAAUUAUUAUAUUUAAGACCAAAACUAUUUUUAUAUAUAUUUUAAAGCUUUCUCAGGAUGGGGGAAACUUGAAGUUGAUUUCUAUGUAUAUAGGGGAGGGUAGCACUAACAAAUGAUAUUUUUUGCCAUUACCUUGGCUUGAACAUUUGUAAUAGAGAAUUUAUAGUCGGGGCAAUAAAUAUUCAUACAUAUUGAAGUUUUUGAUACUAUCAUCAAGCUCCCACAACGGAUUUGGGGGUAAAUUGAUAUAUUAUUCUUCACUUCUUAUUUGGGACUAUUUUGUUUACAACUAUCUUGCAUUGGCUCGUCCACAACAGCCUCUGCCCGUGUUUUUGUGACCUUUUCCCUUUUUAUUUUGUUUUUUUCUAUGUUGGGCCUUAAGGUUCUAUAGUAAGUGGCUCAAGUAGUGCCAGCGGGUUUAUGUGAUUAGAAAUAUAGGCAUAUUUGUAUGUAUGUCUAUUGUGGUAGUAACUGACAAUAGUGUUGGUUGUCUAACUAGUGUGUAAUGUUGUAUCGCCUUACAAUAAAUUGACCAUGAUUAUGGUGCAAAAAUGGUUUUCUACAUGGGAACUAAUUCUCUUACGUGUUGGCUUAGAUGGUACUAAUUGGAUCUGACUUGAGGAUGAGAAUACUUGUGUAACAAUUUUUUGUUGUUAUUUUGAACAUUAGGAAUUGAUAACACUAUGAGUGCUAUAUGUGAAGGAAAACACAAGUUUUUCCUUACAGGUUUCUAACGCCAUGAGGAUGGACUUUUAUUAUUAAUUUUUUCUAUGAUCUGGGUGUCUGGGCCAGCUUGUGUGCAUCUCGACUAGAUACCGGGGAGGCUACUUAAUCUGUUAAAGGCUGUGAUAGAUUGACUUAAUAUUUAUCAUUCAUAUUAAAAAUUACUAUAUAUUUUAUAUAGUGAUGGUUUGGCUUUGCAAAACUUGACUAAAGUAUUUAGCCAGAUUCCAAUAAUUGUAUUAUGAGCUCUCCUUGCGGUGCCACCAACUGAAUCUUCCCUUGUAAAAAAAUCCAUUGUACUACCUGAUAGUGUCUGGUAUGUGAAGAUUUUUCUCCCCUAUUGGUAUUUGCAUAAAGAUGUGCUUUCCUAAGGAGUUCAUGGAUAUGGUCUAAAUUAUAAGAAAACAAU